CUCUCUAACGUGUGUGUAGUUACGUCAGCGUGUGUGUGCGGGAGCGAGAUGCAUCCACGGAAAAUUGGAUUGCUUAUUUCAUGUUUAACGCUGUAUUUGUUUUAUUAUAAGCACUCGCACUUGUGAUCGACGUAGCAGGAAUAAUUUCAGCUAAGCUAACGUUAGCUUGCUAUCUGACCCGCUCACCGGGCUCACGGUGGACAUCGAACGUUAGCUAACGUUAGCUGCUAUUUCUCUUUGAGUAAAUGCAUUUCCGCCAGUGGUUUUGUUCCUUUCAGAUAUGCUUCUUCUCGUGUGGACGUUUAGUUCACGCGGCCACAGGUUCAGGGGUCACUUCGACCCUCAUUCCGAGCUCCGUUGACGGGGAGCCUUUCAGCUCAGCGACCCCUGCUGCGGGGGCCCCGGCGGCCGUGGACGUCACCAGUGUCGGCCCCACUGAGGCGUCCACUGAGCACUCGACCCUCACCGCCAACCUGGACUCCACCCUGGGCUCCACCCUCACCUCCAACCUGGACUCCACCCUCACCUCCAACCUGGACUCCAGCCUCACCUCCAACCUGGACUCCACCCUCACCUCCAACCUGGACUCCAGCCUCACCUCCAACCUGGACUCCACUCUGAGCUCCAUAGCAACCACGCCGCUGACUGCGUCCGUUGCCGCCUCUGAGGCGCCCCCCGCGACCCCCGUCCUGCCUCUGGUGACGUCAGAGGGUUGCCUCUGUGAUUUAACGCCGGAUUUCUGUGACAUCGGUUGCUGCUGCGACACGGUUGAUUGUGGGAUUGCGAAUUUGAGUGCUGUCUUCACUGGAUGUCCACAAAAAGUCAUGUUGGGCGUUUGCAUUGAGAAAUGGCUGAUGUUCACGGCUAAUGUGGAUUCGUCCCUCGUCACCGUCACUGACUCCUUGUUUUGUGUCAGGCCCACGGAUAAUGCAGCCCGGUCCCUCCGAGCUCCACCUCCGUAUUUGGCUCUAGGGGACUCGUACCACUUCUCACCACCAGCGCCUACGAGCAGCAGCCACAGCAGAGGCUUCUACAGGGUCGAUGACGUCAUCCAGACAUAUUUCUCCAACUCCACCGUGCGGGGUCUCCUCCGCCAGCCGUCCCCGGGGGCUGCUGCGGCGUUCUGCACCAACGGCAACCCCGCAAAGUUCUUGAGGUCCACCUCCCUGUCUUGUACCCGUGUGUUGACUCCUCAGUCGUGCGCUACAGAUCCAAAUCUCAACGCCGGUUCCUACUUCUCCGACAUGAGCCUGAUCAAGACUCCGAUAGUGGAGACAGAACCGGUGUCAGACUUCCUGAUCCCAGUUUCUCCGUUGUCUGAAUGGCCGGCACCAACUGAACAAAAUGACUUGUGUGUCAAUGUGGUUAAAAAUGUGGAGUUUGUCAUCAGAUACACAGAAAGAGGGGAUCUCACUUCUGUAACCGUGGACGUAGUCUUAGCUGAUGUGGAUCCAACUCAGUCGCUGUUGCAGACACACUCUGUUCAGUUUCAGCUGGCAGCACCCAGCUCGCCCUCGGGAGCCCCAAUCCCCGCCGUUGGAAUCCAAGUGGGAUCCCCUGUGAUCGGUCGCUUUGAUGGAGCACCGCGGCCCCUGAGCACACUGGGGGUGUCGCGGAGCGGGGAGUGUUCCUCUGAGCCCAGCGGACGAGCACCCGUCCUCUUUGCGCACAACGCCUUAGAUGGCUGCACAUUCAGCUCUGAAUCCCGGAACUGCUCGGAGCUCCGGUCCCAGAUCUACGGAGUCCUGCGGGGUCUCGCUGCUCCUGAUGUCAUCGCCAUGAACUUUGGGUCCCAACCGGACUGGACGAGAGUCCUGACGCAGGAAUGUCCGGUCAGCCUGCAGGAAACAUGUGAGUCCGGCUGCGUCCUUCCUAAAUCUCUUUCUAUCAGAGUACUGUGGGCCCGCCAGGGUCCCUUAGACCUCCCUCAGAACUACAUCCUGGGUGCCAAAUACCUAUUCCGAUGUCAAAGUCUCAAGUGUCCUCUGUCGUCCCCUGUUCCCCUCACCACUGAGGUGACGUUUGUGGACAUCACCCUCUACCCAGAACCCCCCCGGGGCUCGCCUCGGCCAGACUGGAGGUUUCCGUUUGGUUUCUUCUCUCGAGGCUCGGCGGAGCUGGACGGGCACGUUGUCGUUAGCGGCAGUGUCACUCAGGAGGUCACGUGGAGUUUCAAGCUGCUCGCAGCAAUGUUACUAACAGGAUUAGAAUUCCUUAUUAGUUAGUCGCAUAGGAGGAGUUUUAAGGACUUCUUUUCUUGAGGAAAUAGUUGUAUAUAAAAGCUGUUAAUAAGUCAUUUCUUUUGUUUUUUACAAUAUAAAGAGGUAUUUUUCCCAAGUUAAAAAAA